AUGAACGAUAAAAAGAAUAGCAUUAAUAAAAGUGGUAGACAUUCUUUUAAUCGGAAUUUAAAAAAAAAAAAUAUAUACAAAGAUAAUAACAAUGUCUAUAAUUAUUCUGAAGGUAAUAAGAAAAUAUUCAAAUAUAUGAAUGACCUUAAAUAUAGUAGUUAUAAUAAUUUAAAUGAUGGACAUUCAGACAAAAGCUCUAGUAACAAUAAACCGAGUCGAAAAAAGAAUCUUUUGAAAAAGAAAAGAAAUGAACAUUUUAAUAAAAAGAAAAUGAAUAGUACUAAUAGUGAUCAUCAUUAUGAUGACGAAGAUGAAGAAGAUGACGAUGAUGAUGAAGAGGAUGACGAUGUUGAUGAUGAUGAUGACGAUGAUGAUGAAGAGGAAGACGAUGUUGAUGAUGAUGAAGAAGAUGAUGACGAUGAUGAUGAUGAAGAUGACGAUGAUGAUGAUGAAGAUGAUGAAGAUGAUGAAGAUGAUGAAAACGAUGACAAUGAAAAUGAAAAUGACAAUGAAAAUGAAAAUGACAAUGAUGAUGAUGGAGAGAAUGAUCAAUAUCGUCAUAAAAAUAAUAUGAAUACAAAUAAUAAUUUUGCUAUAAAUAAAAAGAAUAAUCAUAUAGAUGUUGAUGAUGGAGAUUAUAAGAAUUCUUAUUUUUAUAACGAUUUAGAUAAAUCUAAUAAAAAAAAUAAAGUGAAUUUAAAAAAUUAUAAUUCUGAUUAUUAUGAUAUAUAUUCAAAUAUAUAUUCCUAUUAUGAUAUAUUUACAGAGGAAAAAACUGAUAAGAAAAAGUUUAAAUAUUUCAAUGAUGUGUUUUCGAAUUUUGAUAAAAAAUAUGAAAAUAAUAAUAAUGAAUAUAAUAAUGAUAAAUAUAAUUAUGAUAUGAAUAAUAAAAGAAAAGUACAAGAAAAAUAUUUACAACAACCCACUGUACGCACUUCAUCGACAAUAGAGAAAUCAAAUACGUCUCCUCAUUAUUUAUCACAAAAAAAUAAAAAUCUCUUGAGUAAAAGUUAUGGUAGAGAACAUAAUAUAAAUGAUGAACAGAAAAUAUCUUCUAAUAUAAAUGAAGAAAAUAUAUAUAAUGAAUAUUAUGAUGAUGGUAUGUAUAAUCAUAAAAGAAAUAUUCUUAAGAAAAGUGCUUCAGCAAAUAUGAUGGAUAACCAGAAUGUAAAGAAUAAUUAUAUUAAUAAAAAAAUUAAUAAAAAGAGAAACGAGAAUAAGAAUCACAAAGAUAUAAAUCAAAAUAUACAUCAAGAUGUGCAUAAGAAUAUGGAUGACGAUGACAAAGCUUAUGUUCAUAUUAAUUAUGAUGAAAAGGGAGAUAUACAUAAAAUGAAUAAUGAUUAUCAUAAUAAUAUAUAUAACAAAAUAUAUGGUAACAAUAAUAAUUCUGAUCGUAAUAAUAAUCAUAAUAAUCAUAAUAAUCAAAACUACUAUGCAAACGAAUUUAGUCACGUCAAGGAAAACAACUGUGAAUAUACCGAUGUUGACGAAACAAGUAAUGUGUUUAAUAAUUUGAGUGAUAAUUAUAUAAAAAAUAAGAAUAUAAGAAAACAAAAAAGAAAGAAAAAUAAGAAAAAAACAACUCUCUCUGACAAUGAAAAGGCGACUAGUGAUCUAAGUAGUAUCCACAAUAAAAAAAUAAACAAUAAUAUGAAUAAUAUGGAUAAUAUGAAAAGGAUUAAUAAUAUGAAUAAUAUGAAAAGGAUUAAUAGUAUGAAUAAUUUACAGAGUGAAGAUUUAAAUAAUGAUCCUAUGAAUCAACAAGAUUAUGAUAAAAAAUAUACCUAUUCAAAAGAAAAAUCAGAAAGCAACAUUAGUCUGGAUAGUUCAUGCUCCUUCAAAUGGGAGGCACAUUUAGAAAAAGAGAAAAUGAAUGAUGGUAUGCAAAAAAAUAUAAAGUUUUUAAAAAACCCAACAAAAAAAAGAAUGUAUAAAUUAAAAAAAAUUGUAGAAAUAUUAGAAUAUACAAUAUAUAAUGAAGAAAAACAAGGAUCCAAAUUAGAAGGGAAAUUAUACGACUAUGUUGUACUUACCAAAAAUUUAAAAGAAAAAAUUAUAAAUUUAGAAAAUAUAAAUACUAAUAAUAAAAAUAAAAUGCAAUCAUAUGAAAAAGAUAUAACCAAAUUAAAAGAACAAAACGAAGAAAUGAAAUUAACCUUAUCAACUUUUGAAAAUGAAUUAAGUAAUUUAAUUAAUAAAUUUGACAAAAACUUUGCCAAAGAAUUAAUUGAUACCAAAUCACAAAAUGAUGUAUUAAAAAAAGAAGUCGAAAGAUUGAAAGGUGAAAUAGAAAAAAAAAAUUCUGAAAUAAAAAAAUUUGAAAACUUGAAUGAUUUAUCUAAAAAGUUACAAAAUGAAUAUAUGGAUCAUGCUGUUCCUUGUGAUGUAACAGCGUCAAACGUAGAAAACAAGACAGAUGCGAAUCUUGAAAAUAAUCAGAAUGGUCCAUUUAGUAAUAAUAAUAUUUCUACUUCAUUUAAUGGGGUCUAUAAGGAUAAUGCAACCGAAGUUACUAAUAUGAAUAAUAAUAAUAAUAAUAAUAAUAAUAUAUGUAAUAAUAAUAAUAAUAAUAUAUGUAAUAAUACAUGUAAUAAUAAUAGUAAUAAUAGUAGUAAUAAUUACAUUUGUGAUAAUUCUUAUCAUGAUGGAAAGACAAAUAAUUAUACGAAUUACAUAGAACAAGAUCUUUUUUUAAACGAACUUCCAUUUCAAUAUGGAUGUAGUGAUUCCAUUGAAUAUAAUAUUGUCGAUGAAUUUAUAUUAAAAAUAAAAAGUUCAAGAAUGUCGUACGAUAAGAAUAUCGAAAAAUAUGAUGAUCAAACCAAAUCUGUAAUUUAUGGUUCCUAUAUUUCUACUUUUAUUAUAGAAAAUAAAGAUAUAUGUAAUCAUAAAAAGAUUUUAAAACUUUUACAAGAGUUCUGUCUUGUAGAAUCGAAAUUUUUACAUAUUCAUUUAUGUUUAAAAAAAGAAAGAUGUGAUAAUAUUUCACAAAAAAUCUUAGAAAAGGAAGUCAUAAGACAAUUAGAAAAUAAUGAAUUUGAUAAAAAUAAAGAAAGAAUAUCAGUUAUUAGUCCAGUUAUUUUAUUAUUAAUAUUUAAAAAUAUGAAUAUAAUAAAUUUAUAUAAAAUAUUUAUAUCAUGUUUAAAAUGUGAUAAUUAUAGAUGGUUAAGAAUUAUAAAGAAAUCAUUAUUUAUAAAAUUUUUUGAUGGUACCUUAUUCGAUACCAAAAUCAAAAUAACAGAUGGUUCUUUUGUUAGGGAGAUUAAAUUGAUUAACCUCUUGCUUAAUGGUAAUGUACCAGACGAAUAUAUAUUUUCUGAAAAUAUGAACAAUAAUAAUAAUAUUAAUAGAGACCAUUGUAUUAAUAGUUGUGUUGUUAAGCAACCAUUAAAUUUAAAUCAAUUGAACAUGGUAAAUUACAAAAUGAAACAUCCAUUAUUUUAUUGCUCUAAUGAACAACUAAAACGAUUUGUUUAUAGAAUGUAUUUGAAUUUUACUAAAGAACCGAUAAAUGUAUUUAAUGGUGACAAUAUAUAUCAUUAUGUAUUACAAAAGAAAAAUCUGGAUGUUUUAAAGAUAUUAAAAUUAUCGGGAAAACAUUAUAAUUAUAUAUUUGAAAAAAACAAUAUAAAUAAAACACCUUUAGAUUAUAUAGAAAAUGAAGAUAUACGAGUUGAUUUAAUAUCCGGUUAUAUUUUAGAUAUCGCUGGUAAAGGAGCUGAGAAUUAUAAGAAUUCAAAUUAUAAUAUAGCAUAUGAUCUAUAUACUGAAGCAUUAGAAAAACAAAUAAAAUUAUCAGAAUCUGUAAAAGUAGGGAAAUCAAUGAAUGAAAAUAUAGGGAAAUUAUAUUAUAAUAGAGCAAGGACAUUAAUGCAUCUUAAUAAAUGGAUGGAUGUUAUUGAAAAUUGUAAUAAUUGUUUAAAAUAUAUUCCUAAAUAUGUAAAUGCUUUUGAUACACAAAUACAAGCAUAUGAAUAUUUAUUAGAAUAUGAUAAUGCAUUGUUGAUUUAUAAAAAUAUGUGUUUAAAAUGUAAUAUCAAACCUGAUGAAAAAGAAGAAAAAUUAAAAGCUCAAAUAAAUGCUACAUCCUUUCAAGUUUUAAAUAUUAAUAAAAAUUGUUCCAUAUCGGAAAUUAAACAAGCCUUUUCCAAUUUAUCAAAAAAAUGGCAUCCUGAUAAAUUAGGUAUACAUAUAAGUCCAGAUAUUAAAAAAAGACACAAUAAUCAUUUUAAGAGAUUGUUUAAAGCGAAACAAAUGUUACUUAACGAAGUAGAUCGUAUAAAAGAAAAGAAAAAGAAGGAAACGAAUUAUAUAUAUCCUCAAAUUAUAGAAGAUAUAAAUAUUAAUAAAAAUAACAAUAAUAAUAUAAACCAAACAAACACAAAAUCAACUGACACAAAUUUUAAACACAUGAACAAUAAUAAUAAUAAUAAUAAUAAUAGUAAUGUGGUUUAUAACACCAGAACUAAUAAUCCUUAUUAUUAUAAUGUACAACCCAACAAAUCUAACCUCAAUAAUACUCAAAAUAUUAAUAAAAGUCCAUCCUAUGAAAAAGAUAAACAUUUGAAUUAUGAUCAACAUGAUGAUAAGACAUACAAAUAUGAACCCAAAAAAAGUUCAAACCAUUUUAUGCAAUCAAAUGAAAAUCAUAUAUAUAAUAAUUCAGCUAGCGAUAUAAAUAAAAAUGUUAAUAAUGAUAAUAGUAAUCUUCCCAAUGUUAAUGAUAUAAGAAAUAAUAUUUUCUCGACGUAUAAAGAUGAUAUAGAUAAAUUUCAAGGGAAAUUAAAAAGUUAUAACAACAUAAACAAUAAUAAUCAUAUUUUCAAUAACAAUGUUGAAGAUAGUAACAAACAUUUAGAUAAUAAACUUUCCAAUUUAAAUAAUGAUAAAGUCGAUGAAAGCUUUUAUAAAAAAUUAAAAGAAGAAUAUGAAGUUCUAAAUUAUGAAGAAUUAAUGAAUCUUAAAACAAAAACAUUUAAUUCUAUAAAUAAUUUAAUAUUAACAGAAGUUAAUUUAAAAAGAGAAUAUCAAGAAUUAUGUAAUAAAGAAAAAAAUAAUGUUAUUAUGAAUGCAAGGUUAUGUAUCCUUCAAGAAAUUCAAAAAGCAUUAUGUGUUAGAUUAGAUAAGGAAAGGAAAUUGAAAGUAAUAGAAAAUAUUAUUAAAAAUAGACAAGAAGAUCAAUCAUCCAUUUAUUCAUCAAGAAAUAAUCAUUUAAAUAAUAGUAAUAAUAAUGAUAACCAUUUUGUUAAAACAAAUAUUGAUGAAUCUCAUGUACAUACAAAUAAAUCUGAUGAAAUGAAUCUACAGGCGGAUCGCCCAAAUCAACAAAAUUAUAAUGCUCUGAACAAAAACAAAAGUACUACAACAAAUGAAUUCAGUGAAAAUAUUUUUAACGAUCAAAAGGAGCAUGUACCUUUAAGUAGUAAUAUGGAUAGUAAUAAAGGAAAUACUUAUGUAGAUGAGGAACCAAUUGAUUCAACCAAAAAUAAUAGAAAUGACAACAUUAGCAAUAAAAAUGUUCAUAAAAAGGAUAUUCAAAAUAUUAACCAAAAUAAUAAUAUUGUGGGAUCAGAUCAAGGUGAUGAUAUCUUUUUUAAAAAUAAUAAUAACAAUUUUGGUGAAGGACAAGACAUACAAAAUAUACAUCAUAAUGUAUAUAAUAAUACACCUACUGAUCAGAAUAAAAAAGAAUAUGAAGAAGAAUCAAGUGGCUUCAAUAAUAUACAACAUGAUAAUACUAUGAAAAGUCCUGUCGACAAACAUAUGGAUCAUAAUAAUGUCCCUAUAAAUGAAUGGCCUGGAGAUGCACAUGAAAAGGAAUUAAAUAAUAUAUUUGUUAAUAAAAUAAAAAAUAAUAAUGAUGCACAAUCAUAUAAAGGCAUAAAUAACAAAACCAUUUUUUUGGAAGAAAAUAAUGAUGAAAGGUAUAAUCAAGAAAAUGAAAAAGAAAAAAAUUAUACGGAAAAUAAAGAAUAUCUGAAACGAAAUGAGAAUCACAAUAAUAUAGAAGAAGAGAGUUUUAUCCAUUUAAGUAAUAUUAAAGGAAGCACAACAAAUAGUAAUAUAAUGAAAAUGGGUAGUAAUUUAAAUACAUCUAAUAAUAUGAAUAUUUUUUUUAAUCAACAUAAUGAAGAAGAACAUGAAAAGGAACAAGAAAGGGAACACAAAAGUGAAAAAGAAGGAGAAAAAAACAAAAAUGAAAAAGGAGGAGAAAAAAACAAAAGUGAAAAAGGAGGAGAAAAAAACAAAAGUGAAAAAGGAGGAGAAAAAAACAAAAGUGAUGAUUUAUUUAAAACACCCCCUUCAUGUUCUUUUAGAAAAAGCAAUACAAUAAAUGAUAAGAAUAUGAACGAGGUUAAUACAUAUUUGUUUAAUAGUAAUCAUUAUAAUGAUAAUUAUGAAAAUAUAAAGGAAAACACAAAUAAUUAUACAAAUGAUUAUACAAAUGAUUAUACGAAUGAUUAUACGAAUGACAAUAUAAAUAAUAGAUUUAUUCCAUCUGAUUCACAAACAAAAGAAGAUUAUAAUUAUGAUAAAUAUCGAAAAAAUGAAGAUAUUAAUAAUGUUCCUAUUAUUAAUAAUGAAAACAUUUUUAACAAUAAAUUUAAUACGAACGACCAUUCUAAUAAUAUUCAUUUGGAUAAUUCAUUUAAUGAAAAUUUUCAUAAUUUAAAAAAAAAAAAUAAUGAAGAGGGAAAUUUAAAUAAUGAUAAGGAAAAUAUUAAUAGUAAUAUAAGAAAUGCACAUUAUGAUUAUACAAAAUCGUUUAUCAAUAUGAAGAAUAAUGAAUAUAAUUAUGAUGAACAAUAUAAUUAUGAUGAAAAACAUAAUUAUGAUGAACAUAACAAUGAUGAACAAUAUAAUUAUGAUGAAAAUAACCAUGAUGAACAUAAUUAUGAAUAUCAUAUGCAUGAUAAAACUAAUUCGUUUCCUAAUCAAAUUAAAAAGAAUACAUAUCAUUUUAAUAAAAAAGAUGAAGAAUUUAAAAAUAAUGAUAUGACAAAUUUUAAUGACGAAGAAAAUAAUCAAAUUUUUAAUAAUAAAAAUCAUAUUCAUAAUCAAGUAGAUAGUCAAGAUGAUUUAUUAUCUUCAUCUAGAAUGAACAACAGUAACCUUUUGAAAAAUAAUAAAAAUACAGACAAAAAUAAUUUUAAUAAUAAUAAUAAUAAUAAUAUAUUUUAUAGAGAUACAAAUAAUAAUUCUUCUUCUAAUCAUUUAAAUUAUAAUUUUACAGAGACCAAAAUAAAAAAUAAUCUGAACAUCUCAAAUGUUAUGUAUUCAAAUGAUAACCAAAAAGUAAUUAUUAAUAAUGACAAUUUUUUAAAUUUAUAUAAAGAAAAUAGUACUAAUAACAAAAUGAUGAAUAAUAAUUUAGAAUCUAAUUUUAAAAAUGACAUUGAUAGGUCUUCACCAUCUUUAAUAAAUGAUAAUAAAGUAGGUGACCAAAAAAAAUCAAUGUUCUAUAUAAAAGAAGAGAAAAAUAAUAAGCAAACAUAUGUAACAUAUGAUAAUAAUAAUGAUGAUGAUGCUGACGAGGAGGAAGAAGAAGAAGAAGAUAAUGAUAAUAAUAAAAACGUACAGGAACAACAUUAUAUAAAUAAGGAAAUGACUUCAAAUUCAGAACAAUAUGAUAAUAAUAAUUAUGACGAUGCCAACAAUAAUAAUAAUAAUAAUAAUUUUCGACAGUCUUUCUCAUUAAAUAAUAUACAUUCUAAUCAUAUGAAUAAUUAUCAAAAUCAUAAUAAUAUUUUUAAUAAUGAUGAUCAAUCUUUUACAUAUGAUGAUGGAGAUUAUUAUAAUUUAAAAACAUCAAAUUAUGCAUAUGAAAAUAAUAAACUUAGAAGUUUUUCUAUCUUUCCAAAUGAUAAUGAACAAAUCAAUAGUGACAUUUAUUCAAACGAUCGGAAUACCUCAUUUAAUAAUUUAGAUAAUGAUAUUAAUGCUCAACCAAAAACAAAUUACUCGUUUAAUGAUAAUAUGCAAAAAAACAUUUAUCAAAAAAAAAAUUCACAAAAUAAAAUGUUCAGUACAUACGAACAAAAUGAAAAUGUCGAUAAAAUAAAUGAUUUCCCUGAAGAUAAUAAAAAAAAACAAACACAAGAUAGUAUACAACCAAAAAAAGGAUUUAAGAAAUUCUUUAGUUCUGAUGAUAAGAAAAAAUUAAUUGAUCAAAAUAAUAAAAAAAAUAAACUUAAAACAAAGGAUAAAAAAUAA